AUGGAUUCCUUAAAAUCGGUAACGAGUUUAGUGACUGAUGUCUCAGUAAAGACUCGUAUCAAAGCGGAUUCGACGCCCAUAAUCCUGCGCGAAGAGCACAAAUAUUCGAACAAAUUGAAACCACAGACAUCGGCGCCUUCCUAUUUCUUUUCAUUGAGCGCAAACGAAGCGCCGCCAUUCAAAAGGCCGCAUGAUAAAAAGAAACCACAUAUUCUGAUUGGAUUGCUUGUAACUGAAGAGGAUGUAGUAAGAAUGAUCGCCGUUGCUGACACGGAAACGGAUGCGGCGUUCAAGAGAUAUUUAGCCGAUUACUUGGUCGACAAAAAUAUCACACUCGCUCAUCAUCUAUCCGAAAAGAUGUUUCUAGUCAGUAUGAUCUUACAAUUGAUAGAGUACUCCUCUCAGCGUGACUUUAACGCCCAAAAGUUAGCCUGCGUCCUCGCGAUGUAUUUAAAAACUCAUCUGUAUUUCAAACGGCACUAUUGGACAGUACCCGAAGCGGUUUGGGAUUACUUUAAAGAAACAUUGAUAAGACACACAAUAGAGGAUUCACCGGAUGGCUGUGAAGUUUUCGCGCCCGAGGAGAGUUACGAUAUAUUGAGGAGGGCGAUGGCAACAAACAGGAGCGGAGCGGCACAGAGGCCCAACGGGGCACCACAGACGAAGGUGUGCCAAUUCAAGCUGGUGCUUCUGGGCGAGUCGGCGGUGGGCAAGUCGUCGCUAGUGCUGCGCUUCGUCAAGGGACAGUUCCACGAGUACCAGGAGAGCACGAUCGGCGCGGCCUUCCUCACGCAGACCGUCUGUCUCGACGACACCACCGUCAAGUUUGAGAUCUGGGACACGGCGGGGCAGGAAAGGUAUCACAGCCUAGCGCCAAUGUACUACCGGGGCGCGCAAGCGGCGAUCGUUGUUUACGAUAUAACCAAUCAGGACACAUUCGGGCGCGCCAAGAACUGGGUGAAGGAGUUGCAGCGGCAGGCCUCGCCGUCCAUCGUGAUCGCGCUCGCCGGCAACAAGAGCGACCUGGCCGCCAAGCGGAUGGUGGAGUUCGACGAGGCGCAGGCGUACGCGGACGAGAACGGCCUGCUCUUCAUGGAGACCAGCGCCAAGACGGCGAUGAACGUCAACGACAUAUUCCUCUCGAUCGCGAACAAGCUACCAAAGAGCGAGGGGGCCGGCGGCUCGAGUGCGGGCGGCGCGCGGCGGCUGGCGGACGGCGAGCAGCCGCGCGCCUCCACCUGCUGCAAACGAACCACCACACACUCUACACCAACCACCACGCCCUCUACACCCACAUCACAGCGUCUUCUACAUCAACUUCAACGCCCUCUACACCAUCCACUACGCCCUCUAGACGAACCAUUACACACUCUAUCUACAUCAACCACCACGCCCUCUGCAACCACCGACACGCCCUCUACACCACAUCACAGCGCCUUCUACAUCAACUUCAACGCCCUCUAUACCAACCACUAUGCCCUCUACAACAGCCACUACGCCCUCAACACCAUUCACUACGCCCUCUACACCAAUCACUGCGCACUACGAGAAGGACUACGACGCUGCGCGAGGGCGGCGGCGCUUGCGGGGGGAGGGGCGCGGGGUAGGGGACAUCCACCCCCUCCCCCUCCCCCGCGGCCGCAUGCCCCCCCCUCCCCGUGCGCCCACAAACGAAACGCCCCCUCCAGGUUCCGAUCGUUUCGCGUUUGCGCGUAUGAGGAAACAAAAGUUGGA